AUGCCUUGGAUUCAGAUGCCUCUGGUCCAGACUUCGUCACACCAAAGGCUUCGUGCGUCCACAACGGCGAAGAUUGGGCUGAAUGACGCUGUUCCGAACGAAGUUCUCACAUACCUCCAGUCCAUACCUUCUCUCGAUGCCGCCAAUGCAUCGCUUGGGGAUUCAGUCGUUGAACAAGGAGAACGAUCGUCGAAGCGCCGCAAAGUCAGCACCAACGCAACACCCCCCGUGUCCGUGGCAAAGGCGGACAUCGCAUUCUCCCGGCCAUGCAGAGAAGAUGCACCAACGAGCUUCACCAGUACCAUCCACGGCACUUCGUCGAAUCUAAGGCUUCGACUCGAACCUGAUGGAAGUUUUUGCAUGGAGGCGGCACCGUCGUCAUCCCGUCACCUUUUUUCCGCCUCGAUUUCGCUUCAGCCGCACGAUGCAAGCGAAACUGCACGUCGAAUAUUGGAUGUUUCCGGCCAUAGCAGGGACCAGAGCUCACCAGGAGCAAUUUGGACCGCCGCUACUCUUGUCGUCAACCGUGACGGGCCUGUGGUUUCCAUGCUGAUUUCCCUCGAAUUAUUCUGGAACGAAACCCAAUCGCCGCUGUUGCCAUUGAGAAGCCGUGCGGAACGCAAGCUGAGCCAAAAGCUAAUCGAUGUUUUCUUUCCGAUAACGCCGCCCGCUCGUGAUUUCGCCGGAUGGUCUCCCAUGGACUUCUAUGAUGCGGCUUACGUGCCGCCGAAGGACGAUCACGAUUCACAAACAAUUCGUGUGCCUGAACUUGAAGCAACACUGUUUCCUUAUCAGAAGAGGACACUCUGCUGGCUUCUUGCUCGGGAAGGGAUGCAGUGGUCGGCGUCGGAGUCACAACCUCGGCCGCUGCCCCGCAACGACGUAGAGCCGCAAGUGAACGCUUUUCGAUCUUUGACGGAUUCCAAUGGUGACCCGGUCUUUGUUAGUGAUCUAUUUCAGACGGUCACGCGAGACACGAUUCUCUAUCGACAGGCCGACACCUCCGUGCGAGGUGGUAUCCUCGCCGAGGAAAUGGGACUGGGCAAAACGUUGGAGAUCCUGAGCCUCAUACUCUUGAAUCGUCAUCCUGGCCCGUCGACACAGGAAGAGGCCAGAUCCGGCACGCAUCUCACGUCGACUCGCGCGACCUUGAUUGUCACGCCAGAAUCGUUGCGGCCACAAUGGAUGUCUGAAAUUUCACGCCACGCACCGCAUUUGCGAGUCAAGCACUACCAAGGAUGCAAGAGGCUGAAAAAUAUCAACCAAGAUUUUGUCGUAAAAGAGCUUUCCGAUUUCGAUGUUGUCAUUACAACAUAUUCUGUUUUGUCGGCCGAACUCCACUUUGCUUUGGAACCACCGAAGCGAGCGCGGAGAUAUGAACGAGCCUACGACCGCCCCCUGUCGCCUCUAGUCAAGAUACUCUGGUGGAGGCUCUGCCUCGACGAGGCCCAGAUGAUCGAGAAUGGCUACUCGCAAGCUUCCGUCGUCGCCCGAGUACUACCCCGAGUCAACGCCUGGGGCAUCACGGGAACGCCUGUGAAGGAUAAUGUCAACGACUUGGCCGGCCUCCUAUCCUUCCUACAGUACCAGCCGUACUGCUCUGCAUCCCAUAUCUGGCAGUCUUUGAUCAAAGACCACAAGCCACUAUUCCAGCAAAUCUUUAAAUCCAUCUCGCUUCGGCAUACCAAGGCCCUGGUACGGGACGAGAUCAUGCUCCCGCCUCAAAACCGCUAUGUCAUCAGCAUGCCUUUUACGGCCGUCGAGGAACAGCACUACCAGACUUUGUUCAAAGACAUGGCCGAGGAGUGCGAUUUGGACUUGGAUGGCGCGCCGUUGCUUGGAGAUUGGGAACCUUCCAAGUACGAAGAUGCCAUGAGGCGAUGGCUCAACCGCCUGCGACAGGCGACCCUUCACCCCGACGUGGGAGUAUACAGCCGUCGGCUUCUGGGUUCCAGUAAAUAUCGACCAAUGCGGACUGUGGAUGAGGUGCUCAGCGCCAUGCUCGAUCAAAGCGACAACACCAUUCGACAUACAGAACGAGCCUACCAACUAAGCCGCCUUCACCGUGGCCAACUUCUCGAGAAUAGCCCUCGUGUGAAGGAAGCUCGUGCGAUCUGGGAAGAGGUGCGAGUAGACACCGAGAAACUUGUGGGGCUUGCUCGCAAGACACUUGAAGAUGCUUUGCGUGAGCAUGGAAGCGAGAAUGCGGCCAGAAAAGCUACAAUAGCCGGCAGCUCUGAAGACGCAGCCGAACUGGAUGAGUCCGACACGGAAUGGGAAGGGGAGAACAACGGAGAGUUGAACGAACACCGUCGCAGACUGCGUUCUGCCCUAGAGCUUCAUCACAAAGCAGUCUUCUUCUGUGCCAAUGCGUACUUUCAGAUCAAGGAAAACGCUGAGAUGACAGAGCCUGACUCGGAGGAGUAUCACCGUUUAAAGAAGCUGGAAGAUGAUGGUUACGAGCAGGCAAAAGUCAUCCGAAGGGAGAUUCUGCGGGAAAGCAACGGGAAAGCUACGCGGGUCAUGGAGAAAAUUGCGCGGAAAGCGUCAAACCAGUCGUUCACCCAAAUACCUGAGCUUCUCAUCAAUUCUGAUAGGGGAAUCGAGAGUGGUGGUAUAUUGGACGGACUGGAAACGCUUUACAGGGAGCUCAACGAGCAGGCGAAUGUGCUGGACGAAUGGCGGGAGGAAGUCGUUCAGCUUCUUCUGCAGCCACUGGUGGAUGAAGAUGACGGGAUCGAAACGACGGGCGAGGAACUCACCGAGUCUGCCAAAUUUCAAGACCUGCUCAUGGUAUACUACCAGACGCUGAGGGCAGCUAUCGCCGACCGGCAGGAUGCCAUCUCAGGCGGAACCAACGAACUCGUAAAACACGAAACGGAGACGUCGAGGAAGCUCGCCAUGGAUGGUGGCGGUCCAGCCCCAGAAAAGCUGCUCGAAAUGCUGAAAAAACGAGGAGAGAUAAGGCCCGGCUUGAACGGAUCAUCUAUGCGAGGUGCUGUCUGCGACUUUCGCGGUCUGCUGACUCGUCUGGGUCGUGACUUGUCGGGAACCUCUCGUGAGGUAAUCGAAUCGAGGAUGGCGACGUCUCAGUUGGCGGCGACACAGGCGCAACUCAUCAAGCAAAGCAAAGUCGCCGUGGCCCUUGAAUCGGAAAUUGAGAGAUUCAAGACCGUCAUGAACACGCGACUGGAAUACUACCGACAACUGCAGGCAGUGUCUGACGAAGUCAUGCCCAGCGAGGACCCCAAGACUGAGGUGGCAAUUGAGCGGGCAUGGCAAGCCGAGUUGGACUUACGGCAGAAGCUGUCGUCAGCAGAGGCGAAGCACAGAUAUCGCGCCACCUCAGUAUUGAACUUGAAGGAGCAGGGUUCGAAGUCCAAUGAACCCCGCAUGUGUGUCAUCUGUCAGAUGCCCUUCGUCACGGGCGUCCUCACAGUAUGUGGCCACCAAUUUUGCAAGGAGUGCAUCACGUUGUGGUUCAAAGCGCAUCACAACUGCCCUGUCUGCAAGAGGGGCCUCAAGCCGUCAAACUUGCACGACAUCACCAUCAAGCCGCAGCAGCUUCAGGUGCGGAGCGAAGAUGCUGGUUGUGCAGGAAACGUGCAGGGCACCCAAUCCGCAUCCCGGAGGCAAGGCAUCGCCGCAACCCACAAUACGGCCAUCUACUCGGCCUUCAACUCGGAGAAGCUGGCGGAGAUUCAGGAUAUGGACCUUAACGGGCCGUCGUUCACGACCAAGGUCGAUACUCUUCUCCGACACCUUCUGUGGCUGAGGCUGUCGGACCCCGGAGCCAAGUCCAUUGUCUUUUCGCAGUACAAGGAGUUUCUCACGGUCCUCCGCAACGCUUUUCAGCGCUUCCGCAUCGGCCAUGCCUCCAUUGAUCAGCACGACGGCAUCGCCAAGUUCAAGGAUGACCCGGCCAUCGAAGUCUUCCUCCUCCAUGCCCGUGCCCACUCAUCCGGACUAAAUCUCGUCAACGCUUCGCACGUCUUCCUGUGCGAGCCCCUGCUCAACACGGCUCUCGAGCUCCAGGCUAUCGCGCGCGUCGAUCGCAUUGGGCAGCAACACGAGACCACCGUUUGGCUCUAUCUUGUCUCCGGCACCGUCGAGGAGAGCGUGUAUAAUCUCUCAGUCCAGCGUCGCAUGGAGCACAUGGGCCGCCGCGCAGAAACCGCCACUUCGCCUGCAGCGACUGGGGAAGCAACGCCCGAGCUCUUGGUGGCCAGCAUCGAAGAAGCCAACACGCUCGAGCUCGAGCAUGCGGCCCUGUCGAGGUUGAUGAGCAAAGACAAGUCGGCCGGGGAGAUGGUUGACAAAGGCGAUUUGUGGCAGUGCCUGUUCGGGCACGUCUCGCGAGAUGGGGGCAUCGUGCCUGAGAGAGAUGGCCGAAUGCAGGAACAAGCGGUCAUGAGCUACUUAGCCGCCGAGGCGGGCGAUAAGCGCAGACUCGAAUCACGGCGAGAUUCUUGUACGACACAGGAUGGAGGCAAUGUGGGGAAACCAUAG